UCCCUCCAGCCGGCCGGAGGCCAAGCUCAGAAACGAGAGGCGACGGGCCAAAUCUCCGCCCCAUGACGCUGGGAUGAUUUGAAGAAGAGUCGGAUGGGGCACCAGGGCGUGGAAUGAAGCAAUAAGAGGUUAAAUUGAUGGAAAACCAACAAGGGAAGGAUUCUGCCUCAGACCACGGAGAAACUCUGCUGAUUAAUGGGGUGAAAGACCACGACGCCGAGGCCCAGGACGCGGCCGUGAAGCCGGCGGCCGCCCCGGAGGCCGUGGCUCCGUCCUCGGCCCCGAAGGAGACCCCCGGGGGGCCGCGGGGCCUCCUGCCCCUGACCUCCAAGAAGCCCUGCUUCCUGAGCCCGCCGUCGCCGCUGCGGCUGCCCGAUGCCCCCCCGGAGCCCGCCUCUGGCGACGCCUCGGCCCACGCCAUCUCCCUGACUUCCUGCGCGACCAAAGGGCUGAGCUCGUGGUCGCUGCCGGGAGACGGCGAGAGGACCCUGUUCGCCAUCAUGGAGCCGGGGGGCCUGUCGGCCCUGACGGGCGACUGCCUGAUCCAGCCCAGCCGGACCUGCCUGGGCUGCUUCAUCGAGGCCAAGGACGGGCUGGACGCCGAGCCGGGCAUCAGCCUGAAGGCGGGCGAGGGCCACCGGGACGAGGAUCCCUGCUCGGGGUCCGACCUGGGCCUCCCGAGCCUGAACCCCGCCGAGGGCAUCCGGUUCGGGGACCAGCUCCUCUCGGACCAGCUCCUGGGCUUCCCGCCGCCCAGGCCCCGGGCCGGAGAGCGGCGGGACGCGGACAGGUCGGACAGCGACUCCGAGGACCCCGCCCCGAGGAACUACUACGAGGGUCUGCUCCUGGACAGGUGCCCCGGGGAGGAGACCCUGCUCCCGAACCCCAGCCAAGAGUGGGGCUACUUCGAAUCCUUCAUCAGCGAGAGCAAGAUCGAGCUGCUCGACCUCUGCUCCAAGAACGAGCUGUCCGUCAACCUGUUCUCCGAGGAGGACGUGGACAACUACAUGUUCGACGACGACGACUCGACGCUGGGCAGUGAUGUCUGCUCCCUGAAGAUCCGCUACGAGUCCUUCCAGGACGGGCUCCGGGAGAAGACCGGCGGCCCCGGGGGCGGCCUGCAGGAGGACGCCCAGUUCAACUUCUUCCCGGGCGUCUUCGCCGCUGCCACUGCCUGCCCCAAGCGAGAGCUCAAGGCCGGAGGGCUGAGGCGGGGCGGGGACGAGCCCCCCCGGUUCAAGGCGCCCGGCGAGAGCAUCCUCUGGGGGGAGGAGGAGGAGGAACUGGACGGCGGGGCCGAGCCGGCGCCGUUUGUCGGGUCGGCGCAGAGCCCCUUCCUGGACUCGCCGGAUUACCUGGGGGAGUUCAGCGACGACAGCUCGGGCACCGACGCCUCCUUCGACGCCCUGCCGGGCGUCCGGGGCCACGCCGGCUUCCUGGCCCCCGACCCGCUCUGCGGCUCCGCCUCGUCCUCCUCCUCUUCGCCCUCCUUCUCCUCCUCCUCCUCCUCGUCCUCCAUCCAGCAGCAGAACUACGGCCUGCGGGUCAAGCGCAAGGUCCGCUACAGCGACGACUACCUGUACGACGUGGACUCGAUCGAGAGCGAGAAGGCGCCCGAGAAAAAGGAGUGGGCCCCGGGGGGCCCCAAGGAGGAGGACGACGACGAGUGGUGCCCGAAGAAGCGGCGGAAAGCCUCCCGCAAGGAGCCGCCCGUCAUCAUCAAGUACAUCAUCAUCAACCGCUUCAAGGGCGAGAAGCACAUGCUCGUCAAGCUGGGCAAGGUGGACGCCGGCGAGGCCACCGUCACCCUGAGCGACGCCCGGCUCGGCCAGUAUGCCAGGCUGGCCCCCCUCAAGGCCUUCUGGCAGGAGCAGCGCCGCGGCGGCCUGACGGACCCGGACCGGGCCUCGCCGGGCCUCGGGCCCGGUGCCUGCCCAAAUGGCGCCCUGGCCCCCUUCCCGCCCCACCCCCGCAAGCGGAAGUGCUCCCUGGCCCACCGGCAUCGGAUCCAGCGCAUCCAGGCCGUGGAGCAGGCCGUGGGCCGUCCCGGCUCCUCGGGCUACGACCAGAAGCCGGGGGGUGGCGGCGGGAGCCGGGACGAGGCCGGCCUGCGGGGCGUCCUGCAGGCGCUGGCCCUGGCACCCCCGUCCGGCUACGCCAACGGCCUCCACCCUGGGGGCCCGGGGAAGUGCCGCGCCCACGAGGGCCCGGGCCCGGAGAGGAAGGUGCUGAGGCGGAUCAAGUUCAAAAGCGAAGCCCGGUUGAAGUGCAAGAAGGCCAAGGCCCGCCGGCCGGAAGCGGGCCGGCCCGGCCUGGUCGCGCCCGUCGCCUCCCCCGCCGCCUCGGACCGAGACGCGGGCUCCGGGCCCCGGGACGAGGAGGGUGGGCCCUCCCGAGGCCCGGCGGAGGAACCCGGCCCGAAGCCCUCCUUCCCGCCGGCUGCCCGCUCGCCCGGGCCGCCCCCACCCGCGGCCGGCCUCCCCACCGGCAUGCCCGUCAUCCCCGGGGGCUACCUGCAGACGCUGCUGGAUGCCUCCGACCUGUCGGGCAACUCCGGCAUCUCCUAUUUCGCCUCUUCCCCGGCCGGUCCCCCUCGGGCCGGCGACCUCGUGCCCCCGGAGAAGCCGUUUGCCGCCGCCGCUGCCGCACCCCCGCCAGCCCAGAGCUGCGUCCUCUCCCCGCCCUCCGAGUCGGAGCUGCAGGAGUCGCCCCGCCACCUCGAGCUCGAGGCCCUGUGGCCCGGCAAAGCCGCCGCCGCCACCCCCGGGGGUCCGCCGGAUUUCGGGGCGGAGGCCGCCCCGGCCCUCUCGAACGAGUUCGGGAGCCCUGCGGCGGGCGCGCCCGGAGACGGCCUCGCACCCUCCGCCUUCGGCCCUGGCAAGUAUCCGCAGGACGGCCAGCUGCCACCCGACGCGGCCUACCCCCCUUGCCCUUUCAACCGGGCCGAGGGCUGCUUCCCCUUCCAGCGGGGCCCGCUCGGCGCAGACGGCCGGGGCCCGCUUGUCGGCUUCGACUCGGUGGGCCCCUUGGCCGUCGGCCCGGCCGGCUACGGCUCCCUGAGCCUCAAGCCGCCCUGCGAGAAGGACGGGGAGGACGAGAUGGGGGAUGACUUUCUGGCCCACUGCAGCCCCAAGCUGGUCAUCCAGCAGAGCCUGGACGAGAUCGCCCCGCUGAAAGAGUCCUCCGACCUGCUGGACAUCUCCAACUUCACCCCCGACAAGUUCCGCCACUCGUCGCUCUCCGAGAUGUCCCCGCCGGACACGCCCAGCCUCUCCCCGCAGGCGGCCGGGGCCGAGGGCGCCAAGGCGCUCGGGACCUUGAAGGGGUUCCAGGAAGGGGCCCCGGGCCCCCCGGGCGGCGACAAGGCCAAGUGGGACCGCGGCCCUCCGGCCCCAGGCCAGGCGGAGGACGGCUUCGCUCAGCGGCCCCAGUUCCAGUUCCACAUGUUCAACGACGAGGACUCGGUUGGCCCGUCGCCCGCCUUCGGCGAGCCGCCGGGGCCCCAAGGCGCCAGUGGAAAGGGGUCCCGGUCCCGGAAGAAGAACUCGCCUGGUAACAAGGCCGGGGCCGCCGCCGCCGCCGCCACCUCCUCUUCCUCCCCGCCGUCCUCCGGCCCUGCCGUCUCCCCGCCAAAAAGCGCCAGGAAAAAGUCGCCCAGGGCCGCCGCGGGCAAGGGGGCCGAGAAGCCGCCGGGGAAGGCGGGCCGCCAGCCAUCCAAGGGCACCAGGAAGGGCAAGGGGGCGGCCGGGGCCCAGGGCGAGAGAGGCCUGGCUGGCGGCGGGCGCGGGGCGGCUCCUCUUCCCGCCACGGGGAAGGCACCGGCGGGCGAGGGCGCCCGGUCCGGGGCCUCGGCGGCCCCCGCCAAACGAGCUGGUCCCGGCAGGCCGGCCGGGGAGUGGGAGCCGGGGAGGGACGGGGGCGGGGGCUGGACCGCCCCCGGCCUGGGCCGCCCCGGCGGCCUCAUGGAUGACGACCAGCGCGAGUUCGAGGAGCCCUCGAACAUCCUGUCCAACAUCGCCUCCGGCAUGGCCGACGUCCAGCGCUUCAUGAUGGCCUCCCUGGAGCCCCUGUGGGGACCGGUGGGUCUCCACGGGGUCCCGGACAUCUUCCGCUCCCCCGACUCCAACAGCCUGAAACUGAAAACCCUCAAGAUCUUGGCGGGGACGCCCCAGGAGGCCAAGAGAAAGGCCAGCGGCGGGGCCCCGGGGGCCGCCAAGAACCACCGGGCGACCAAGGGCUCGGCGCGAAGCAACGGGAAGGCGGCGGCCGGCGACCCCGGCCGGGCCGGCGGACCCGGCUUCAGCCCGGACUGCCACGUGCCCUUCUUCGACAAGAACUAUAGCCACCUGAGCACUUUAGGCAAUAAGGAACCGACGCACAAAAAGUUGUAUCGUCACAAAUCCAGUGCCAAGGCCCUGCGGGACGAGAACUGUAAGGGGAAGCGAACGGAGCGGGAACAGACACACAAGGAGGCCGCCGGGACGGCUUCUUUUGAGAAACUGAGGGAAUCAGACGACCAGCUUCUUAAGGCAGGAACCGCCUGCGGGGUCUUACCUGUGUUUGAAGAAGAGGCGCGCUCUUUUCUAGAAAGACGUUCGAUGUUUCUGUUUCUUGUUUCUUUGGAAAUAUGCCUUGUGGUACGUUGACAUGUAAGUGCUGAAAUCAAGAGUUUGAAAUUGUGGGAAUCAUUAUCUGAAAGCGAACCCAACCUGGUAUUCUCUGUGAAAGGCUGUUUUUUAAAGUCAUACUGUUGUACAGUAGUUUAUGCACUAUUACCCCCCGGGAGAAAAAACAAAAACAAAAAAUUUGUGCCAAACUAUGAA